UAAUCUGGGUAAAUCAAGGCAGUUUAUCAAUUCUCUCUCUCUGCUUCGCUGCGGAAUAGAUAGACGUCCCCUCUUUUAACUAUACGGGAAAAGAAGGCUAGAAGGCCUUGGUCGCGAUUCCCCUGUGGAGGAUACCGCUAUAAUGGGCUUUUUUCACGCAAGUGGACUUUACGACAGUUUCCCUGCUUGCGCAUUCUGAUAGAAAAACAACACGUUUGACGCCCGCUAGCUAAACGUUACCAGUCGCCGCUGUCCUAUGGUGUUGGCGCUGCUGGAUUGAGCGUCUUCCAAGGGGAGACACACAACACAAUUUACUGGGAGAUUGUCCUAAAACUGCAAACAUGUCUGGGGCUUCAGUAAAAGUCGCCGUCCGAGUUCGACCCUUCAACUCCAGGGAGACGAGCAAGGAUUCAAAAUGUAUCAUUCAGAUGCAAGGCAACACUACGACUAUUCUCAAUCCCAAAGCCCCAAAAGAACCAGCAAAGACCUUCAGUUUUGAUUACUCCUACUGGUCCCACACAACACCAGAAGACCCCUGCUUUGCUGCACAGAACCAAGUAUACAAUGACAUUGGCAAGGAAAUGCUGCAGCAUGCCUUUGAGGGCUACAAUGUGUGCAUUUUUGCGUAUGGCCAGACUGGAGCUGGUAAAUCCUACACCAUGAUGGGCAAACAGGAGGAGGGGCAGGAAGGAAUCAUUCCCAUGCUUUGUGAAGAUCUCUUUGAGAAAAUCAAUGAAGACAACAACAAAGAGGAGCUCUCCUACUCUGUUGAGGUCAGUUACAUGGAGAUCUACUGUGAGCGGGUGCGUGAUCUGCUCAAUCCCAAGAACAAAGGGAACCUGCGCGUGAGAGAACAUCCUCUUUUGGGCCCCUACGUAGAGGACCUCUCUAAAUUGGCCGUGACCUCAUACACUGACAUCGCUGACCUCAUGGAUGCUGGCAAUAAAGCCAGAACUGUGGCCGCCACCAACAUGAAUGAGACCAGCAGCAGGUCCCAUGCAGUUUUCACCAUUGUCUUCACUCAGAGGAAACACGACAGUGAGACAGACCUUUCUACUGAAAAGGUCAGUAAAAUUAGUCUAGUGGACUUGGCAGGGAGUGAACGAGCAGAUUCCACCGGUGCUAAAGGUACCAGGCUAAAGGAGGGCGCAAACAUCAACAAAUCCCUAACUACGUUAGGAAAGGUCAUCUCUGCCCUGGCUGAAGUGGAUAACUGUUCCAGCAAGAGCAAGAAGAAAAAGAAGACUGACUUCAUCCCAUACAGAGACUCUGUUUUGACAUGGCUGCUGAGGGAGAACCUUGGUGGAAACUCCAGAACCGCAAUGGUAGCUGCACUCAGUCCUGCUGAUAUCAAUUAUGAUGAAACUCUUAGCACACUCCGGUAUGCUGAUCGAGCAAAGAACAUCAAAUGUAAUGCUGUCAUCAAUGAAGAUCCCAACAAUAAAUUGGUGCGCGACCUUAAGGAUGAAGUGGCUCGACUGAAGGAGCUGCUACGUGCACAAGGACUGGGAGACAUCCUGGAUAUUGAUCCUCUGGGGGAUGAUUGCCCAGGAAGUGGAAUCAAAUACCUCAAAGACAUUCACAACAAUAAGAAUAGAUACUUGAUAGCCUCAGAGAACCAACGCCCUGGCCAUUUCUCCACAGCCCCUAUUGGUUCCCUGACAGUCUCACCGUCCUCUGGCUCACUGUGCAGCCAGGGGGCUCUGCAGUCGGCCACCAGCAUCCAGGAGCGCAUCAUGUCCACUCCCGGUGGAGAGGAAGCAAUUGAAAGACUCAAGGAAUCUGAAAAGAUCAUUGCUGAGCUCAAUGAAACCUGGGAAGAGAAGCUGCGAAAGACUGAGGCAAUCCGCAUGGAGAGAGAGGCCUUACUCGCAGAGAUGGGUGUGGCAAUACGUGAAGAUGGAGGCACUUUGGGCGUCUUCUCUCCUAAAAAGACUCCUCACCUGGUUAACCUGAAUGAAGAUCCUCUCAUGUCAGAGUGUCUGCUAUACUACAUCAAAGAUGGAAUUACAAGGGUGGGACAGGCUGAUGCUGAAAGACGGCAGGAUAUCGUUUUAAGUGGUGCUCACAUCAGGGAGGAGCACUGCAUUUUCCGCAGUGAAAGAAAUGCCAAUGGGGAUGUUAUCGUCAUGCUGGUGCCCUGUGACGGAUCAGAGACUUAUGUCAAUGGCAAGCGUGUUGAGGAUGCAAUCCAACUGCGUUCAGGGAACCGUAUCAUUAUGGGAAAGAACCACGUGUUUCGCUUCAACCACCCUGAGCAAGCCAGGGCGGAAAGGGAGAAAACGCCAACAGCCGAGACCCCUGUGGAACCAGUGGACUGGACGUUUGCCCAGAGAGAGCUUUUGGAGAAACAGGGCAUUGACAUGAAGCAGGAAAUGGAGAAAAGGCUCACUGAGAUGGAAAUCCUAUACAAAAAGGAGAAGGAAGAAGCAGACCAACUUCUGGAGCAGCAGAGACUGGACGGCGACUCUGAUAGUGGGGAUGACUCAGAUAAGAGGUCUUGCGAGGAGAGCUGGAGACUCAUCACUUCCUUGAGAGAAAAGCUGCCCCCCAGCAAACUGCAAACUAUAGUAAAAAAGUGUGGAUUACCCAGCAGCGGUAAGAGAAGAGAGCCUGUGAAAAUGUACCAGAUCCCUCAGCGCCGCCGGAUCACCAAGGACUCCAAGUGGGUGACCAUCUCCGACCUGAAAAUUCAGGCAGUCAAAGAAAUCUGCUAUGAAGUAGCGCUCAAUGAUUUCCACCACACACGGCAGGAAAUUGAAGCACUGGCCAUUGUGAAGAUGAAGGAGCUUUGUGCAAGCUACAGUAAGAAGGACCCCAACGAGCGGGACUCGUGGAGGGCGGUGGCUCGAGAUGUCUGGGACACCGUAGGGGUUGGUGAUGAACGCAUUGAGGAUGUCAUCACCAAUGGGUCUCGAGCAGGCGGGGCUGUCAUGGAUGAGCUUAAGGUUCAUAUUGAUAAGCUUGAGGACAUCCUGCAGGAGGUGAAGAAGCAGAAUAAUAUGAAGGAUGAGGAGAUUCGUGCUCUCAGGAAUAAGAUGGUGAAAAUGGAGAAGGUGCUUCCACUCAUUACGCCGGAGGGUCAAGAGAGACCUCUGAGUACAGAAGCUCCAUUUAGCACAGCUAGUACUCCGAGCCCUCAACCACCUGUGCCUGAAACAUCUGAUGCAGAGAAUGGAGAAUCCCAAGCGGGCCAAAGCUCAGGCGAUGACGCCACUCUAAAACGAGGCCACAUGCGUUGGAUACGUCAAGAGCAGCUACGCCUUAAGAACCUCCAGCAACAAGAGAUUUCCAAGCAGCUCCGCCGCCAGACCGGACCACACCGGUUUAUACCCCCAGAAGACCGCAAGCUCCGUUUCCCCUUCAAGAGUAACCCCAAACAUCGCAACUCGUGGAGCCCGGGCACCCAUAUCAUUAUCACAGAUGAGCAGGUCAUUGAGCUCAAGGUGCCAAAAGAAGCUGUAGAGGAGGAAGAAGACGAAAGCCAGACUACAGAAGGGGUGCAGUUUCAGGAAAAGGUAGCUGCUUCCAUAGUAGAAGUCACUCCUCCAUUGCCAAGUCCAUCAAUCCAGCAACGAAACAAACCUCUCGAGCAAGGAUUAAACCAGGGUCAGAGACAUAACUACAAGUAUAACCACCAUCAACAGCCCCAUGAACGAAGCCGCAGCAACUCUUUUAACGUCCGUCAGCGGCCCUCUGGCUCCACAGAGCACCUGCAGCAGCCCGAUGCUAACCGGAGGCACACACAGGCCUUCUACCAGCCCCGCCACCACCAGAACCAGCCUAUAUACCCCCAGCUCCUUCACCAGCAGCCGUGCCACUAUAAUAGCACAAUGUACAUGGAUGGCAGCUUCAGUGGCUUCCAGCAGUACCAUCCGCCUGACCACGCCAACCAUCCAAUCAACUUUCAGGCACCCCCUCGCAUCCGCAGGCAAAUGUCUGCUCCAAAUCUGAAAGCCAGCAGAGAGACAGCUGUUUAGAAUUAGAAUUCGUUUCAGUAGGCAAAAACAUUACAGAUCACAACUGCGCAUUAAAAGACUGUUAUUGGUUGAUCCAAACUUGUAUGUAUUAUGAAAGUGACAUUUUAUCAUUGACACACACCAUUUCAUCACAAUAUGCCAUGCACACUGUUCAUUUUCUGCCUGUGUGACAAUUCAUCAGUUGUAUUUUGAUUUGCCAAAUGUGUCCUCAUGCUUCACUUUCAGUGUUUACAUAUUUGCCUUUUAAUUGUUGUUUUAAUUUUGAAUUAUUUUAGCCACUUUGAACUCGAAUUUUUUUUUUUGCUGUAGCACACAAUUGUAGAAACCAAAACCCCUCUGCAUUUAUAUCUUCCCAUCAACCAGCCAGCGGAAUGUCAUCAGUUUUAUUCAGAUUGUUAUGAACACCUUUGAACCUCAAUUUGAUUAAAUACAUCACGUUUCGUAAAUGCUCUUAAUUAAAGCCGGGGCGUUUAUUUACUACCUAAACCGUGAACAGGCUGGGGGGUUGAUUGGAAACAGGCGAUAAUUGGAAAUAUGUCCUAAAUUUUAAAACUCAUUAUAUAUAACAACUUAUGUUUUAACUUAAUGUUUUAACUUAAAUAAUGCUUGGGGUGCAUGAGAAAGUGGACAGGAAAAGCUUUUUUUGACCACAGUAUUUUGCAGAAAACAGCAGCAACAUCACCAAUGUUGUAAUAGUGGUAAAGCGCAAACUGCUCAGCCAGCAUUGUUAUUGCAGAUGAAUUCAUUGUAAACAACUGUACUGUACAGGUAACACGCAUGGGUUUCACACCAACAGCUGUGUCGCACAACUUACAUUUUAAAGUGCAUGCAGAGGUAGAUAAAGCUGCUGGCUGCUGAUUACUCAUGACACUUAAGAUGCAGCGACAGCCAUCUUAUGGAGUAAAAAAAAAAAAAAAAAAAAAAGCGGCAUUAGGAGGUUACCUAUAGCCACCGCUGUUAAUGGCACAAAUUAGAGACCCAGUGAUUCUUUGCUUUUGUAGACCACGCUUCCCGCAACUGUGGGAGACUGCGGUUUAUUUAAUAGAGGUGUUAAUUGGAGCAUCUAUGGUAUUUUUGAUAUUUUGACACUGAAUAGCCUCUAAAACUGGGUAUUGAAAGUAGGACUUAAAAUAGUGCCUUUUCAUGCACAACUUGAAAAAUCCUAAAGCAUGUCUUUUAUGCCUUUUUUUUAGGAUGCUUCUUACGCACAAGGUUUCAGAGUAAAUUCCAUUGCCUUUAACUGAAACGCAGAGUAUAUACAAACUCUUAUAAUACAUUUAUAUAAUGGAAUUCUUAGUCUGUUGCUUGAUUGAGGAUUUUUUUAAUACCAUUGUUAAUAUGCAACUGCUAGUAUACUAUUUUGCACAUCCCUUUGAGUCACGGACAUAGAACAUGAUUUGUAAAUGCACAAAUCACUGCAGACCACCACCAUAUAGUACAAUAAAAUAAAACAUUGUUUUUUUUCUUCCCUGGCCUUGCAGAAAACAGUUGCCAACACAUAAAACAUACAGUGGUGUGAAAAAGUGUUUACCCCUGUCCUGAUUUCUGUUUGUCACACUUAAAUUUUUCAGAUCAUCAAACAAAUUUAAAUAUUAGUCAAUGACAACACAACUGAACAAAAAAAUGCAGUUUUUAUUAUUAAGUGGGAAAACAAAUCCAUACCUACAUUGACCCUGUUGCACCCCCACCCCCUGAAACAAAAAUUGAAUUGAGACAAACAUGAAAAAAAAAAAAAAAGAAAAAUCAGAAGGGGCAAACCACUGUCACACCACUGUACAUGUGCGAAUGAAUAUCCAACUGCUUCUUUGACAAUGAAUUAUAUACUUUAUUUCUGUCCUGGUUACUUGAUUCAUGAGAUAAUGUUUUCAAAAGGCAGUAUCAAAUCUUAUAUUCAUUAUGUUGACAUCUUAGAAGACUGAAGAAAAUGCUUUCUCUUCUCUCCCUGCGCAAACUAUAUGCACACAUUACCUAAUUAUUAAGUAUUCUUUUUACACAAUCUUCAUUUUUUCAUUAUGGGCCCAUGAUGAACAGACUCAAGAUGAGCAUCUACCUAAUGAAGGAUGUUGUCAUAGUUCCCAAAGACUUGCCUUCAACAUCUUGAAGGGAAGACGGCAUUGAACACAAAUGUUUUUAAAUGAAUCAGUGUCUCAACUCAACUCUGUCUAAUAACGCUAUAUCCUUGAUCGAACACUCGUAUGUUUUAGCUAGUGCCAGUUUUAACUAGCAGCAAGUCUGCCUGUCCGUGUCUUCAAGUUGAAUAUACUAAGUGUUUAUUUUGACUAUCCUUACUAUGCCGCAACUACGCUGUAAAGAAAACCAAAUAAUAUAACGACGACUUAUGCAACACUUGUACUCUCUCUGCCCUGCGCUGACUAUCUUUUGCAUGCAACAACUUGCAUUUCCUAAACACGUAUAAGUAAAGAUUGCUAUUUAUGUUUGCACUGGUGUAGAUGGGUGCCCAGUGAGCUGGAAAAAAUAUCCAAUGUACAGUGUACUGCUCUUUUUAAAUGUAAAACUAUACGUCUGUGUUAGGUCUGUUGUACAUCUUCUGUUUGAAUUUGCAUAAUCAAAGUGCCUCAUGGUGGUCAUGAACACAGUUGUGUUUAAUAGAUCAAACACACCCAUUUGGAACAGUGUUGUUCACAGGUUUGAAAGAAUAUACUGACGUCUUGUGUUGUCAGAGAUUCAUUUACAAAGUAUUACUGUAAUAAAAUGUUCCAAGCACAUGCAUUUGUUAUGAAUGAGAGUGAUGCUGUAUAUUUUUACAGCCAAAAAGCAUUGAAUCUGAUGUCUAUUUUACAUGAUGCUGUGUCAUAACUGUUGAGUCAUCUGUGUGUUAUAGUAAUCCUAUAAGACAAAAAAGGGAAAAAGAAAUUGUUUAAAUUGCAAAAAACAUGAUUUAAGACUAGCUAAAGGCAAUGUAUGCAGUGGGUGCAGAGGGCGCCAACAUUCCAACAUACUGCAAAUAUGAUAUCCCACCUCAUCCUGCUUUGAAUAUGACGAUGUCACACAACAAACGCACCAGUUAGGUUAGGCUGUCAGCUAAUGAUAGUGAUUUGGCAAAGUUUAGCUACUACUAACAUUAGCUAUCAUUGAAUGUAUAGCCUACCAUAACCACACAAUGACUCCAAAAUUGUGAACACCAGUUAUUUUAUUCGUACCAAACGAAAAUUUCAAACACUUUUUACACAGUUUUAUUCAUAUUUGUGAAGAAUAUAGACAUUUUUUGCACAAUCUGUUCUUUUAAACCACUAUUGCGAACAUAUGCUUGCCAGUGGUGGUUAGGAACACCACCAAACGGAAAAAUAUAUUUUUUAGUUUCAAAAAGAUAAUUUGGACUGAGUUACAUACAGUGCCUUUAAGACAUAGUCCAGGCACAGGCUCAAGUAUAGAAAUCUGUGCUACAGUGCGAACAUUACAGGCAAAUCUUAACAGGCUCUUAUGCUAGGUUAGCUCAUUGGCUGAAGAAAAACAAAAUGAUUAAACUUACAGCACCCGUUUCUGUAGCUUACUGAUGGAUUGUUGGCAGAGCUUCAGGCUUUAAGAUGUGUAGCAAGGCCUUAUUUUAUUUAUUUAUUUUUACAAAGUGGCCACAUCUAGCUAGGGGCGGAUCAGAGGCUGUAUCAUGUCCAUGAGGAAGGAAGUUUUUCAUCCACAAUGUCAUGAAAACAUAGACCUUCAAAAAGUGACUGAGUGCCACUUCGUUCAAGAGUGGAGCAAACAAAUGAGGGCAAACCUACAUUUUUCUAUAACGUUGGUGCUCAUAAACAGGCUGUAUGGACACGUUUUACUGUUACAACAUCACUGAAAAGUCCAUUUUGUAUGAUAAGGGAUGGAUUUUUAAUGUCGAGCAGGAUCUGUGGUGAUCCAACUGGGCAAUUUUGUCAAAAUGUGGUCAACUUGAGAUUCUUAAAUUAAUAGAAUUGUACAGUUUGUAGUCAUUUAUUUGCCAUAUAUUCACUAAUAUGAAGAUGUAAAUAUACAAAUUUUUAUUAUCACUUAACAGCACAGUACUGUUGAGUUUGAGGUUAAUGCUAAAUUUGAUGUUGUCAUAUUCCACAAAUAUGUCUCUUAAGGCCUUUUAUUUAGCAGCCAUUCAAUUUUAUUGGGUUUUUAGAGCUUCAUGAACAUUAUUCAAUGAAUCAAUUGAAUGCUACAAAAUGUAGCUUGUUGGUAGGAUGUCAGGCAGGGAGGAGGUCAAGUACAAAUGAAAAGGUUGCAUUGUCUUCCCUCAAGACACUGAACAAAGACGAUGAGAUCACCAGAACUGGAGGCUGUCCUGGGCUGAUGAUGAUUAUGAUGGCACCCCCUCAUUGGAUUGUAGCUGACUGUGCUUCUACGGAACCUCACUUCUCUUCUAGCCAUUGUUCUCCUGAUACACCAUUUGUUUUCAGCAUCUACUGCUAAAUGAGAGGUUAUAAUUAACUGAAAAUAUGUAAGAACAAUUUUGUACAUAUUCAAGUAAUCUGUUUGUAUUUGUAAUGCAGGGGUGUCCAAGUUUUUUCCACCGAGAGCCGCAUAUGGAAAAGUUACAGUGCGGGGGCCAUUUUGAUGCUUUUUAUUUUGUAAAAAGGCUUAAAAAAGACAUUUGUAAUUGAAGACAAGAAAAUGUGUUAGCUUUGUGUUAUAUGUGGCAAAGCAUAUUAUUAUACACUUUUUUUAUUAUUAUUAUACACCUAUUAUUACACCAUUUUGCACUUUUUUCCCCAUUGUUUUUUUUUUUUUUUUUAAUUCCUAGAAUGUGCCACUGGCCGCAAAUGCCCC